UAAAUAUGGCAUAGAAUAGCUUUUCCACUAUAUAUAUUGUAUGCCUCAAGAAAUUCGCAAGUAGACCGAAAACGUUUCGUAACUUCGGUUCAGCUACAAAUUUCUUAUUUCUCCAGCAAAGAUGUUUGUACACUCAGCAUUAAGGAUUUUAGCCAUUUUAAUAGCUUAUCAUGCCAGCCUUUCCGUGGCGCUGGGCUUCACUGGCGGCGCCGAGACAAGCAUUACGGCACAUCCUUAUGUAGUCUCACUACAAACAGCUAACGGCACACACAUCUGCGGUGGUGCACUAAUCAAGAAAAAAAUCGUCGUCACAACUGCUCAAUGUUUCGUCUUUUAUGAUCCUAAACAAAUAUUCGUGCGUGUUGGCAACAACAAUUACGAUAGCGAUGGUGAACUCAUACCAAUUGAUGCCUACAGAAUCAAUGAAAAUUUCGAUUUCACCACAAUGGAUAGUGAUGUGGCGGUGGUGAAGUUGUCUAAAUCGGUGAAGAAUUCACGUCUGACAAGAGAGAUAAAAAUUGCUGGUUUCUUUGGACCUAUCAUGUGGACUAGUAGAAGUGCCCUGUUGACCGGUUGGGGUGAAAGCAAGCAGUUAGAGGACGUACAUGUGCGAAUUAUUGAUUAUAAGAAGUGUCGUUCUGGUAGCUAUGUAUAUACCGCAACUGAUAUUACGGAGAAAAUGGUUUGUGCUGAGGCGGUAAAUAAGUCUGUAUGUGGCGGUGAAUCGGGUAGUCCGUUAGUGCUUAAGGGCAAAUUGAUCGGUUUGUUGUCAUGGGGUUAUGGUUGUGGCAAUCAGGGUAAUCCAGCUGUUUACACAAAUGUUCACAAAUUACGAAAAUGGAUUAAGAAUGCGGUUAAAAAGCUCUAAAUGAGCAAAUGCAUAUUAGAUAUUUUGCGCAAAGUAAGAAAUAAAAUUAAUUUUUUUUGUAAUUUUUA